UUUACCUACGACUAAUAUCUCGGAGACAGUGACCACACAAAUACAAUGGUGACUUAAUAGUGAAGAUAGAUUAUGUCAACAAAAUAGCAUUGCAAGUCCAGCAAGAAAUAUGAAUGAGGCUGAGAAGUUUGCGAUCAGCCGACUGCUGAAGGAUUUGGAGCGAGCCUUGCCUCUCACACAGUCAUUCCUCAGACAUUUUAUCGACAAAAACAUACUGAAGCUGGACGAUAAGAAUAACAUCGUGAAACAAAACAAGCAGUAUGACCAGGUCCGGAAAUUCCUGACAUACAUUCAAAAGGUCCCUGGGGCUUUCCUGGUCCUAGUGGAGAACUUGAAAAAGGAUAGAAACUGUCGUUACAUUGCUUGCCAGCUCGUCGACAUCAAGAAAAAACGUGAACGUCACUUGUCAGACCAAAGACAAAAGAAGCAGGAGAGACAACACAUGAAAGCUCAGGACAUGUUGUCACAUCAAAUCAGCAGUCGCUUAGCAAUGGUUGUCAACGGCACCAAAAUUCCAGGCAUUGAAGUUCUUCCAUUUGCUAAUCAAGUAAACGAACAUGGAAAAUUGAUAGACAAAUUAGAAUCUAUGAAAAAAGAUCUUGAUUAUCAAGAAGGACCAAGUGAACAUCUCUCACUUCCACAGUUAUUUGAGAGAAAAUCACGUCGACUUGAGAAACGUGCCAAUGAGGAAGUACAGCGUGCAGCAAAAGCUCAAAAAGAGGCUAAGGAAUACAAGACUAAAUGUGAAGAAUUGAAACAGGAAAAUGAUAGACAAAAGGUUGAACUAGCUAAGGAGAAGGAGAACAUGAAACUGUGGCAAAAUAGAAGUCGUGAGGAGGCCAAGGCAGAAAGUGAUGCAAGAAUUCAGAAAAUCAAGGAAGAAAAUACAAAAAGGCAUAAAAAGGAAAAAGAACAAUGGGAAGAGAUGAGAUGUAAAGAAAAAAUGAAAACAAACAUAGAACUUCACGAAUUGAAAAAGAAAUAUGAAAAUCUGAAGAAGUCCUGUUUGUGUCGGGUCCCAAAGCGUGACUUCGGAGCUCAAAUAUCAGUUGGUUGUGAGGAUGACUCACAAACAAGUGACUACGUCUACCACCACCCUUACGAUCAUGACCACGACCACUUCUCCCUCCAGGGAUCCUGUAACCUGGACCAAAUGCCUAUCCGGAGUGACAUGGACACAGAUGGGUUAGGUUUCAGCCAACCUCAGUCCCACAGUCAGCAGGACUAUGCUGUAAACAGACCAUGCUCCAAAGAAAGUUCAUCUGACUCCUCAAAUCAAUCAAUAGCCUCUGAUAUUAACCUUCAGGGCAAAGGUACCGGUGAACAGACAUUAAAUUAUUUCAUUGUGAAAAAUGUCAAUAAUUUAAAUGUUAUCCAAGGAUAA